AUGGUGGCGCAGCGCAGGUGGCGCAGCCCCAGUGUGGCAAAGCUGGCAUCUGUUUCUUUUGGGCUGCCAUUUGUAUGUAUUACUGUAUAUGCAGCAGCAGAAAAGGAAUCCAAAAGUCAGCUGGUGAAGUCCGAUAAGCUCCCCAUUUGCAGUGCACCCCCUCUGAAGUCCAAGUACAUCGAGGAGCAGCCUGGGUGCCUGCAGCAGCAGCAAAGGACCAUCAGCCACUAUUUUGGGUGGUGCCAGUUACUUUGUGUGAGUCAUCAGACCUAUGAGGCUGUGAGGUCACUGUGGGCAGACAAGGAAACUGUCACCAAGCUGCAGCAAGAGUCAAAACCAAUUAUGCAGGAAGAUAAGAAAAAGAAGGGAAUUUCUAGUACCAAAUCUGAAUCUGCUGUUGAGUCAAGAUCAUUUAAGAGAACAAAAUCUUCUCCAGUAGAUUCUUGGAGUAAUGAAGAUCCGGUGUCUUCAUCAGGGGCAGGGAAGACAUCAAAAUUUAAGACUGAUCCAAAACUUAUGGACCAUGGUCAGUCCAGCCCAGAAGAUGUGGACAUGUACAGCACCAGGAGCUAAGCCAAGUCUGCUUUAGAGACUGCAAAAUGUUACAGAUAAGGGGGAGGGAAGAAGGGAAGGAAUAAUCUUUACAAUACGUACUCUGUGAGGUAUAAUUUAAGCAGAUAUUUUCUUAUGUCUAAUUUGUAUUAUUGACUUACAUGAUUCUGUUUAGUGCUUACUUUGUUCCUGACUCCAUAUAAGCAGUAGGAAUUCACUCAGUGUCAUUAGUGAGACACUGAGAAAACAAGAUUUUUCAGCGUCUUCUCACAGUGAGGUUUCUCUGUGCCAAACUUGCUAAUAAAUGUCACUUCACAAAGGAUAUUUCAAAAUACAAACAUAUCUCUGCUUUGGCGCAGAUGUUCAUUGAUCUGAAUGAAGAAUGUGAGGGAUGGGGUUUGCAGAGGCUUCUUUGUCUUUUAUCUUUCAGCUCUGGAAUGAAGUGCAAGUUCCUGCUGGUCUGAGUAUCCUUAAAAUCUCUGUGGUUGUAUCAUGUGAACAGCAUUGGCUUUAAAGCUUGUGUAAGAGUCACUUUUUUUCCUUACAAAAUAAUUUGGUACUGUUUGUCUCUUUCACAAAGGUGAAUGGAAACAACUCCUUGUCCUGCACACCUCUUCAGUGUUCAAAUGUCUGAAGUUGGGCAAAAACACACAACUGAUCUCUAAACAUCCUUUCUAGACUAUGCACCUACUUCUAACACUUGGAAGAACUGUGUUUAAAUUGCUUAAUACGUGAAACUGAUACUGAAUUAAUAUAAAAUCCAUUAGAAAUGUUUAGGAAGUUGGAAAUCUAGUUUCAAGGUUUAAACUGCUGACAGACAGUAAAAAUGUGGAAGUAGUAGGCAGCCAACUUUUUCAUCCCACAAGUUUGUAUGCAAUAUCUCAUUGAUUUUGGUAGGAUUUCUGUGAAAUUCUAUGUUUUUCCAUAAGAAUGAUAUUAGAAAUUAAGUUUCCUAAGAUGAAACUUUCAAACACUGCUUUUAUCAUGGUGUAUAUCCCUGUACUUCUGUUCAUCCUCUAUUUCUCUUCAUUCUGUUACCUUUCAAUUAAAGAAAAUAUGGGCUUUGCUGUAAAAUUGAGGGGGAAGCAAGAGAAAACAUAGGAACAGAUAGUGUGGAUGGAAGGCUAAAGCCUGAAAUGCUGCUGUUCUCAGCACUGGGAUGUGAUGGAAUAUUUGCUCCUGCUCUCCAGGACAAGAAAUUUCACAACCUGAUUCUUUCUCCAAGGCUGCUAAUGCAAAGGCAAAUGAUCAGUGAAAUACAGGCACAAUUCCUGGUGUCCCUGUGGGAUCAGCAAAGUCAUGAGGAGAUGCUGCAGGAUGGAAUGUGCAGAAGGCACAAAUGGUGAAUGAGCAAAAGAAGAAAAGCUUUUAGGAUGGGUCAGAAACAAAUCGAUAUUUUAAAAUCCAAAUUUCAGGUGAGGUGUUGGUCUUUGUUACACAGAGUCCAGUGCAAGGCAAAGUCAGAAAAUGUGAAGUUUAAAGAAGAAUUAUAUUAGUUAAACUUGUGUGGGAUAGCUGACUGGAAUUAAUGUGUUUUGUUUCUUUAAUCAUCUCUUAAAGGCCCAGGCAACUGUCAGAAUUCAGGCAGCAAUCAGAGGAUAUUAAAUCAGUCUUCAGAGAGCUCCUGGACAUGACACAUUUAGUGUUCCAUCACCGAGAGAGGAGUAGAAAAAUUAGAUGGCUGGGCUUCAUAUACCAUUUCCAGGGAAACAGAUGGAGACAUAAGUGAAAAUUGUGAAGAAAUUAUCAUUUUCAAGUGCAUGACUGUAAAAAACAUGGGAUGUUAAUUCGUGUUCUUAUGGGUUAUGGUAUGUUAAAAAUCAUAAGUAACCACUGUAAAUAUGUUAUAUGAGAAUGUAACCUUAAUUCCAGCCCAUCUUGGAAUUCACUGAUCCUGAGGCAGGCACCACCCUAGAAGUACCAUUUAGGAAAAGACUAAGAAUUGUCGGGAAAUCCUGGCUCCUUCGUUGGCAUCAGAAAAGAGGACACAUUAAGAUAAGCAAUCAGUCCUUCCUCCCAUGGGCAGCAGAGCCAUCAGAGCACCAUCAUAGCCCAGAUCCCCGGAGAAGAAUGCCCUUCCAUUCAUAAACUUCAGAAACUUCAGUUUCCAUUCACCCACGGGAAGCCCGAAAUUGACACCUCGCACUACCGGAGGAAAAUCUUUUCAGCCGGCCGGAGACUACUAUGAAUUCGAAUAACCAGUCCUGGGAACAAAGAGACUGUGGGGAAAUCUAGUGCCAGGGGCAAAAUAAAGUGUAUGAAACCCGAGCCCCGAACAAGGCAAAUUUGUGAACUUCAGGGGGACAUCAGUGUGCCAGAUACUGCGUCCCAGUUCACCCUUGGCAAUUCCCCGGGUCAGUCGUCAAGAUAACUCCACUGAGGGUUUUUACUGAAAUUCUGUAAUUUGAUCUUUUAAUAAACCAAAUUAUAUUUUAAUUUGACUAUUGGAUUGGCAUUUAUAACAACUGGAUGCCAGAAAUUGUA